ACGCCCCAGUGUCAUGGAUACACAAUGCGGGGAUCUCUCUGCUCUAAGUAUCUCUGACAAGUAUCCCGCUACAGCUUCCGCGGAGCCAGUUCACAGUGCGGACACAUUGCAGGGAGAGGGGGAGGACAAUGAGGGUGGAUUUGGGGAAUUAUCCGAGUUGCCUAUUGAAAUAAAUGAAAGGCGUCCUACUUGUUUACGGUGUGGUCGCCCACAGAAGGUGUGCCUGUGUCCCUUUCUGCCAGUGCGCCCCCUGGAGGUGUCCACAAGCCUCUACAUCGUACAGCACCCUGCAGAAGAGAGUCGAGUCCUGCGCACCGUCCCUCUGCUAGCAGCCUGUCUUCCUCCUGACAAAUGCAAGGUUUUUGUUGGAAGGCGAUUUAAUGAGGAGAGGAACCCCGAGCUGGCGGCCGUGUGUCAGGACCCCAGGACCCUGGUCCUGUACCCGGGCUCAGAGGCACAGAACCUGGAGGACCUGGACCUGGACCUUACGGCCGCUGCCCACAACGUCGUUAUCAUCGACGGCACGUGGAGCCAGGCCAAGGACAUGUUCCACAGGAACCCGCUCUUCCGUCUGCCCAAGCAGGUGCAGCUGAAUAGCACUGUCUCCAGUCAGUAUGUGAUUAGGACUCAGCCGACCAACAUGUGCCUGUCCACUCUGGAGUGUGCGGCCGUCACCCUGGCAAUAAUGGAGAAAAACAAAGCCAUCGAGGAGGUGCUGCUACGGCCCCUGCAGGCCCUCUGCUCCUUCCAGCUGCAGCACGGGGCCCAGGUGCACCACAGUAAGGAGCACCUUCUGCGGAACGGCCUGUACCACAAGCCCCUGCCAAAAAACAAGCGUAAGAUCAAGAGGAUGGAGCGCCUUGUCACCAAUCACAACAUUUAGGGCCGGGAGGGGCCCCUCUCCGCACUGCUGCCGUGUGACUGUGGGAACCUGCCGGCUCCCAUCAUCGCUGUGAUCCAGUAAUUACAGCUUUUCACCAAGCAAAACAAACAACACCCAGACAGACCCUAAUGCAGGGCCAUUACCGCCGUUCACACGACAUGGAUACACUCAAGACAAUACACUCAGAGGUUUUAAUUAAGGGGGGACUCAAAAAGCCAAAAAUCACUAUUUAUUGUUGCUGCCUCUCCUUAGGAGUAAUCUCUCGUUUCUAAUGUGUCAGAUGUAGUAUUUUAACCCACAAAAAAAAUAAACACCCCCCAAACAAUGAUGUCACAUGGGUAUAAUGCCUCCCUGAACCCCCCCCCCCCCCCCCAUUGUGAAGAAUGGUUAUCGAAAACUAAAGACUUAACAUCUUUUUUUAAACAUAGUUUUUUUGUGUGUGAAAUGGGGAAAACGAUAGACUUUGUACCAGUGCACAAUGUUCUCCAGUUCAAAAGACAACAUGCAAAUAAGCAGAGGAGUUCUGUCCCAGUGACAUUCAUUCAAAUGGUUUUUCCAGGUACAGGUGGCAGAUUUGGUUUUGACCUGUGAAAUACAGGUCAUGCCAGUUACACUGGGGGCACGAUGGAACAUUCAAAUUCAGAUUUUGUGGUGGUGCUCACCCAAAGAACUGUGCCUGUAGAGCAGGAAAUGAGGAGAGAGAGAGAUGUUUCUUGUUUUUUUAGCAGAAUAAAAAAUUCCUUAAAACUA